AAAAAACACACUCUCUCCUUUUCUCUCGUUCUCCCUCACAUUCUCCUCGCGAACCCAAAUUUUAAUUCUUUCUUUGUAUGGCCCUAACCCUUUUGUCUCACGAGGUAUCCGAUCUCUGCAUCGGCAAACCACCGCUACGGUGUCUCUCUGCCGUCACAGCCACGGUCUCUGACGCCAUCGCCGCCCUCAAAUCCUACGACGAGCCUUUCAUCAGCGUAUGGAGUUGUAAUCACGACGAAACCAAUGAUGAUGAUAAUAACAACAAGUGCGAAUGCGAGUGUGUGGGUAAGAUCUCUAUGGCGGAUGUGAUCUGUUACCUAACUAAAUCAGACAACAACAAGGCUUUGUCUCUUUCCUCUGCUUUUAACGCUUCUGUCUCUGUUCUUCUUCCCAAAUCUCGUUCCAUCGUUGUUCAUGUCCAAUCUAACUGCAAGUUAAUUGAAGCGAUUGAUUUGAUAACCGGAGGAGCACAGAAUCUGAUUGUUCCGAUUCAGACAAAACCAAACACAAAGAGAAAACAAACCCGAAACGCUGUCGUUUCACUAACAACAACAACAGCAACUCAUCACAAGAACAACAACCAGUUCUGUUGGAUCACACAAGAAGACAUCAUCAGAUUCCUUCUAGAUUCCAUCAGCGUCUUCUCUCCAUUACCAUCCCUCUCUAUCUCCGACCUCGGCGUGAUCAACAGCACGCACAAAAUCCUCUCCGUGGAUUACUACUCCUCCGCCGCCUCCGCCGUCACCGCCAUUUCCAACGCCAUCGCCGAUAACAUCUCCGUCGCGGUGGUCGACGGAGAAUGCGAUGGAGAAGACCCGCGUACGGUGCUAAUCGGGGAGAUAUCGCCGAUGACGCUCGCUUGCUGCGACGAGUCGGCGGCAGCGGCGCUUGCUACACUCUCGGCCGGUGAUUUAAUGACGUACAUUGACGGUGGCGGUCCGCCGGAGAGUCUUGUGAGAGUGGUUAGGAAUCGUCUUGAGGAGAAAGGUUUGGUGGGUUUGAUCUCGCUGGUGGACUCUUUGUCUUCGUCGUCGGGGUCUUCUUCAUCGGACGAAGAGGCUCCGGCGGGGAGAACGAAGUCGUCGUAUGGGAGAUCGGUGAGUAGCGCGGCGAGGAUGGCGAGGAAGUCGGUGGCGAUAGUGUGUAAUCGGAAGAGCUCGUUGAUGGCGGUGAUGAUACAAGCGAUUGCUCGUAGAGUGAGUUAUGUGUGGGUGGUUGAUGAAGAUGGUUGUUUGGUUGGUAUGGUUACUUUUGUUGAUAUUUUGAAGCUUUUCAGAGAGUUUUUGGAUGAUCAAAACUAAUUUUCAUCAUCAUAAGUUUCACUAUUCUUUUUUGGUUUGAGUUUACAUAAACAUACAGCCAAAACAAACUUUGUAUUAGUUUCUUUUGGUGAAAGUUCCCCAUAAGACCAAAGUUCUUGAGGAGUGUUUCGGGUUAUGUGUUUAAUUUUUGGAUCUCAG